ACCAGCGGAAAAGCAGAGGAAGCCUAUGGGAGGAGGGGAGAGAAGGCGGAAGGGGAGUGGCCUGGUAGUAGUGUAGUGGUGGGCUUAGUGCUCGCGGAGGCGGAGCAGAGAGCUGGGAAGAGCGAGCAGAGCAAGCAAGCAAAGCGUAGGCAAGGCGAGGCGAAUUGAUUGCGCCCACCACCGCACCACGUCUUCUCCACCUCCGUCCGUCCUCGCCAAGCCACCAUCAUUGCCGCCACCGCGCCGCCCGCCCGCGGGAUCCCAGCGGAGCAUUCUUAACUGUUCCUCCCUUGGCUUCUGGGCGAAGUGUUGCGGUUGCGGCGGUACGUGUUCUGUGCUGUGCUGUGCUGAGGGAGCGAGGAGGGAGCUCGAGCACCACCCACCACCACCUCCAUUAAAGGCGCUCACGCGCCGCCUCCGCCUCCACGAGAAAGAGAGGCGAGGGAGGGUGAGGGCGUACGCCACCCUGAGCGCUAACUCGUCGUCAAUCCCUCUCUCUCUACCUCACUUCCCUCACGGGGGGCAGGCAGCCACGUACAAAGGCCGCUCGCCAACGCCUAGCGCCCCCUCGCCGCACCACCCCGCACCACGCCGUGCGCCUUUAAAGUGAGCGCGCGCCAUCUUAAAGAGGUCAGAGAGAGAGAGAGAGGGAGGGCCGGCAGCGUCGCGCGCGCGCGCGGAAGCAGAGGAGGAGCGGCGGCAAUGGCGGUGACCGCGCGGCGGCUCCGCGCCGUCGUGGCGUGCGUCGUCCUGGCGGCGGUGGCGGCGGCGCCGCGCCCGGCGGCGGGGAUCCUCGACCCGAACGACUUCCUGGCGCUGCAGGCGGUGCGGCGGUCGCUGGACGACAUGCCGGGGUCGGCGUUCUUCGACGGCUGGGACUUCACCGCCGACCCCUGCGGGUUCCCCGGCGUGUUCUGCGACGGGGACCGGGUGGCGUCGCUCGCGCUCGGGGACCCCCGGGCCGGGUCGCCGGGGCUGACGGGGCGGCUCGACCCGGCGCUGGGCAGGCUGUCCGCGCUCACCGAGCUCUCGCUCGUGCCCGGCCGCGUCGAGGGGCAGCUCCCGGCGUCGCUCGCGUCGUGCUCCAACCUCCGGUUCCUGGCCGUCAGCAAGAACCUCCUCUCCGGCCAGAUACCGGACGGCUUCGGCGCGCUGUCCAACCUCCGGACGCUCGACGUCAGCUUCAAUCAGAUCUCCGGCGCCAUCCCGCCGUCCAUCGCCGCGCUGCCGUCGAUCACCAACCUCAUCCUCUGCCACAACCAGCUGACCGGCGGCGUGCCGUCGUUCCAGGACUCGUCCCCGCUCCUCCGGCUGGACCUCAAGCACAACGCCCUCACCGGCGGCGUGCCCACCCUCCCGGCCGGGCUGCAGUACCUCUCGCUGUCCGCGAACAAGCUGAGCGGCACGGUUGACCAGGUGCUGCCCCGGCUGACCCGGCUCAACUUCCUGGACCUGAGCAUGAACCAGCUGGACGGCCCGAUCCCGGCGGCGGUGUUCGCAUUGCCCCUCUCCGUGCUGCAGCUGCAGCGUAACUUCUUCGCGGGGCCCGUGCAGCCGUCGAGCGACGUGACGAUCCCGGUGGUGGACCUGAGCUACAACCGGUUCUGGGGCCAGCUGUCGCCGCUCCUGGCCGGCGUCGGGCAGCUGUACCUGAACAACAACCGGUUCACCGGCGAGGUCCCGUCAAGGCUGGUGCAGGAGCUGGUGGGCUCCGGCGGGCUGCAGGUGCUGUACCUGCAGCACAACUUCCUGACGGGCAUCGAGAUAUCGCCGUCGUCGUCGCUCCCCUCCACCGUCUCGCUCUGCCUCAUGUACAACUGCAUGGUGCCGCCGGUGUACGCGCCGUGCCCGAUCAAGGCCGGGUCGCAGAACACGCGGCCGGCCGACCAGUGCCCGGAGUGGAGGGGCUGAGCACCGAGCUCCAGGCUGAUCGAUCGUGCCUCAGCAACGCCAAUGCCGGAUCGCCUCGGAUCAUCGGCCGGAAAUCGAAGAACUGAAGAACAGUGGAGAUUGCAAAGCGGUGGUCUCUGAUUCUUUGAUUGAUUUGUCCAGUUGUUACUUGUGUUCUUAAUUCUUUUUUUUUUGGUUUGGGAGGAUAGUUACAGACAAGUAAGUGCCUCAAUAAUCGGGUGUUACAGGUGCAUUGUGUCUCCCCCCUCUGCUGUAUAGUGAGCUAGCUACUGUCACACCGGCUCCGGAUGCUGUCGGAUCAGACGAUGGAUGGAUGGUGCUGGAGCCGGUGACGCUAUUUAUCUAUCUCAUCAUGUCACUGAAACUGAACAAAUCAAUGUGAACAAGCAUGCACUGUGCUUGAUUUUUGUUUGCCUCGUCA